AACCAUUGCGGCUACGCUUAUUAUCCAGCCCAACAAGUCGUGCCUGUGCCAUUAAUAUUUUUCGCUUUUGGAUUUUGAAUUCCAUAUUGCAAAAAUUGCCUACAUAGCCAGACCAUCUGCUGAAGGGCUGUAGGCAGAUCGUUGCGCUCCCCCCCCAAGACCCAGACCCAGACCUCCUCUCGACCGAUUCCCCAGCUCAUCGUCUCGCGAGCACUCCAAUUCAAGAUGAACAACACAUUUACGCACGCGUUGGCGCGAGCUAUUCCGUCGGCUGGUCGACACUGCCAGCCUAGGGCGUCCCUCUUCCGUCAAGCAAGAGUUUUCUCCACGACACCCCGUAUUUCCGAAUCGCCCGACGAGACACCCAGUGCGCUAGGGCGAGCAUUUCAAGCUGCACGACUAGAGGAAGCGGCCCAGGAUAACUCACCGGAGUCCGCACUCACUAAGAUGAUGCGCGGGAGCAGGGCCCCAGUGAGCGCAGACUAUUCGAAGAUGGCUCAGAGUCUAGAGGCCGAGAUGCUUAAACGCCCAUAUUCCGACCAUGCUCCUCCGCACCGCCUCCACGUUUUAUCGCAUAGACGCAAUACGAUACUGACUCUCACACGACCAAACGGCAGUCCACUGAUGUCGAUGGGUACCGGGGCUCUGGGUUUCCGAAAAGCUCGUCGGGGAGGUUAUGACCCAGGGCUCCAAAUAUCUAGCCAUGUCUUCGCGCAGAUCCAGGAAAGGGGUCUUCUAUUGGAAAUCAAAAGCCUAGAGAUUAUCUUUCGUGGCUUUCAUUUGGGACGGCAGGCCUUCGUUAAGGCAUUGCUGGGCAAUGAGGGGAGGAACAUUCGGGGGUUGGUAUGCCGAGUGUCAGACUCGACUAGGAUAAAAUUUGGCGGAGCAAGGAGCCCAACAGUCCGCAGACUAUGAAACCUCCUUUCACUAUUUUGCCUUCAAUCUCAUUGCAUGAUGUCCAACGCUUGCAAGACCUCAGUGCAUCUUGACAGCCUCAGGAGAUCGCGGGAUUCAAAG